AUGAUCGAUAUCGUCAAGCUUAUUGGCAAAAUGGAUGGCUGGCAUGACAUCCCUCGGCAAUUUGAGGAGAUCUACUUUGGUACUGUCCAAUUCAAGGUCUUAAAAUGCGAAUCCGGCUUCAACGUACCAUCAUACCUGGGAAUGGUGGGAAAUUUGCUGAGCAAAUCACACACUUGCGCAGAGCAUAUACCUAGCAGUUUCGAGGUUAUUGCACUCAAGCACUACCUGGUGUGGGAAGGUGACGAUGGAACCACACCCAGGUUCAAAUAUGGAACCUUCUAUCCACUGCGCUUCUGCGCCCGGGACGGACAGAUACAGGAAAAAGUUUACUAUACCGUUCGGCCGACGACGGGAGCAGAGCACUAUCAGAAUGAGAAUGUCUUAUAUGCCGGCUUGGAUGAAGAGCCGAAUGUGCUGGUGAGGUUCUGCAGGCUAUACCAAAAAAAUGGUCAACUCCCUUGGCUGCAAGAUUUCAAGUCUUUCGAAGUAGCGCAGAGAAUUGGCACGCACGACAUGGUUCAGAUGGACUUCUAUGAUCUUCAGACUAAAGAGUAUGUCGGCUGGUUGCAAAAUAAUGGGGGGAUUGCAAAGCUGAGGGCGUACGAGACGAAGCAGGUCACCGAUCAAAGCAUGUUGAGGUUUAUGUAUGUCUAG